GGAUAAGUUUGGUUUCGAUAAGUUAGGUUAAGAUAAGUUAGGUUGUUAGGAUAAGUUUGGUUUCGAUAAGUUAGGUUAAGAUAAGUUAGUUUGUUAAGAUAAGUUAGGUUAGUUUGUUAGGAUAAGUUUGGUUGUCAGGAUAAGUAAGCUAUGUUGUCAGAAAAGUUAGGGUAAGUUAGGUAGUUAUAGGUAAGUUAGGUUGUUAGGAUAAGUAAGUUAGAUUGUUAGGAUAAGUUAGGUUGUUAGGAUAAGUUAGGUUGUCAGAAUAAGUUAGGGUAAAUUAGGUUGUCAAAAUAAUUUAGGUUGUUAAGUUAGAAUGUUAGGCUAAGUUAUGUUGUUAGGAUAAAUAAGUAAGAAUAAGUUAGGGUAAGUUAGGUUGCUAGGAUAAGUAAGUUGGUUGUCAGGAUAGGCUAGGAUAAGUUAGGUUGUUAGGAUAGGCUAGGAUAAGUUAGGUUGUUAGGAUAGGCUAGGAUAAGUUAGGUUGUUAGGAUAGGCUAGGAUAAGUUAGGUUGUUAGGAUAGGCUAGGAUAAGUUAGGUUGUUAGGAUAGGCUAGGAUAAGUUAGGUUGUUAGGAUAGGCUAGGAUAAGUUAGGUUGUUAGGAUAGGCUAGGAUAAGUUAGGUUGUUAGGAUAGGCUAGGAUAAGUUAGGUUGUUAGGAUAGGCUAGGAUAGGGUUAUUAGGAUAGGCUAGGAUAAGUUAGGUUAUUAGGAUAGGUUAGGUUGUUAAAAUAAGAUAGAUAACAAAACACUUAAAACUGACAUAAUAGGGAGCCUAGUCCUAUCACAUACUAACAAGGCCAUUCUCAAACACCCAAACGCAGCAAUGGAGGAAGCAAAACCAAACACCCCUGAAGACGAAGACAGCGACAAACAGGAAAACAGGACAGAAACAAACACAAAACCAAACAGCUGUGAGGAUGAAAACAGCAAUGAAAAGCGGAGCAUCCCAGAAACAAGCGCAGAAGCAAACGGAAGAGAGGAGGGAGGGAGGGACAAUGACGAGACUGAGACUGGAACAAACGGAGAACCAGACGUAGGAACAAACGGGGACAAACGGAGGAGCCAGAUGGAGAGAAACACAAUAUCAAACACCAGUGAGGAGGAAACAAGGGACGAUAAGGUGAAUGAGCCUGAAAUCGUCGCAGAAACAAACACAGCAACAAACAGGGAUGAACGGAGCAGCCAAAUGGAAACAAGCGGAAAUUCAAACGGAAGUGCAGAGGAAGCAAGGGUCGAUAAGGGAACUGAGUCUGGAAUCAACACAGAAACAUACGCAGACACAAACGCAGGAACAAACACCAACAAACACCAGAGUCAUCCAGAAACAAACGCAAUAUCAAACACCAGUGAGGAGGAAGCAAGGGUCGAUAAGGGAACUGAGCCUGGAAUCAACACAGAAACAUACGCAGACACAAACGCAGGAACAAACACCAACAAACACCAGAGUCAUCCAGAAACAAACGCAAUAUCAAACACCAGUGAGGAGGAAGCAAGGGUCGAUAGGGAGACUGAGCCUGGAAUGGACACAGAAACAUAUGCAGACACAAACGCAGGAACAAACACCAACAAACACCAGAGUCAUCCAGAAACAAACGCAUAUCCAAACAGAAGAGAGGAGGAGGAAAGGGACGAUAGGGAGACUGAGCCUGGAAUGGACACAGAACCAAACGCAGAAACAAACAGCGACGAACAUUACAGCCAGAUGGAGACAAACGUCGAAUCAAACAUCAGCGAGGAGGAGACCAUUAAAGAAGAACAGUAUCAAUGGGAAACAAACAUCGAAAUCAAGAUAGAUCCAAACGUCAUAACAAACAGCAGUGAAGAUUGGAGUGCAAUGGAAACAAACGAAGAUGGAGAUGAAGAGGAGGAGUGCCACUGGGAAACAAACAGGGAAGCAAACACAGACACAAACGUACUGACAAACGGAGGUGAAGUAUGGAGCCAAAUGGAAACAAACGGAGAAGAAAACGCCAUUGAGGGUGAAGGUAGAGAUGAGGAGGAGGGUCACCGGGAAACAAACACGGAGUCAUACGCAAAAACAAACAGCAGUGAUGAGGAGGAGGACAGCGAAGAGGAGCAGAGCGAAACAAAAACACACGUACAACCAAACGUCGCAGUAUUUAUCAAAGAGGAAAGCGCAGAACAUCCUCACGAGAUGGAAACAAACGCGGAAACAAACAUCGACGAGGAGGUGGAAAGCGCCAAACACCAGAGCAGCCCAGAAACAAACGUGGCAGACAUCAAGCAGGAGUGCGUUGAAGUGCAGGAAACAAACGCAAGUGAGAAAGGUGAUAAACAGAACCAGGCAGAAACAGAAACAAACGCAAAUGCAAACGGGACCUUCUAUUUGUGUGAGCUAUGCGGCAAAGUGUACAGGACCAAGUGUAACUUCGCCAAACACUCGUACACUCACGACAGUUCGAAACGCCCGGAAAAACACAAGGGGAAGAAGAAUAUAGGUCCGCGUACGUCCAAGUUCGGCAACGCGAAAAAACGUGGUAUAAACAGUGACAAGAUAUUUAAGUGCGAGAUAUGCGGAAAGACGUCAAACAACCGCGGCGACUUAAAGAAACACUCGUACUCACACAGUUCCGUUAAGAAUUUUAAGUGCGAGGUGUGCGGGAAAGGAUUCACAGUUAACAGCAGCCUACAUCGACACCUGUUAAUCCACGCCGGUGCUCGGAAUUUCGAGUGCAAGGAGUGCGGGAAAAAGUUCGUACAGAAAAACCAUCUUGAGAAUCACCUUCACAUACACACAGGGAACAGGAACCACGAGUGCGGGGAGUGCGGAAAGAGAUUCACCCAGCGGAGUAACCUCAACACACACACACUAACACACUACAACAUACGAAACCACCAGUGUAAUAUCUGCGGGAGGAAGUACACCAAGAAAAGCAGCGUCGAUACCCACAUGCUAACCCACAUAGGCAUUGCGAACUUCGAAUGCGAGCACUGCGGGAAAAAGUUCAUUAAGAAAAACACUUUGAGGAGCCACUCGCUAAUCCACGCCGGGAAACAUUACGUCUGUCAAGAAUGUGGAAAGGGGUUUACGCGGAAAGGCGACCUGGAUAUCCACAUGGUGACCCACACUGGGGAGAAGAGGUUUAAAUGCGACCACUGUGGCAAGCGAUUCGCCACCAAGAGCAAUAUCAUUAGUCAUAUGAGAGUCCACCGGAUUGUGUGAGAGGUUAGGUUAGGUUAGGAUGGGAGGCCUUGUGCACUGGUAUCCCGGUUUGUGUUCCGUGAGAUGAGAGAUUUGUUCAGGAAUAGGCGUAGACUGGGAGACCUGUGCACUCGUAUCCCGGUUAGUGUUUCGUGAGAUGAAAGAUUUGUUCAGGAAUAGGCAUAGACUGGUAGACCUGUGCACUCGUAUCCCGGUUAGUGUUCUGUGAGAUGAAAGAUUUGUUCAGGAAUAGGCAUAGACUGGUAGACCUGUGCACUCGUAUCCCGGUUAGUGUUUCGUGAGAUGAAAGAUUUGUUCAGGAAUAGGCAUAGACUGGUAGACCUGUGCACUCGUAUCCCGGUUAUAGUGUUCCGUGAGAUGAGAGAUUUGUUCAGGAAUAGGCAUAGACUGGUAGACCUGUGCACUCGUAUCCCGGUUAGUGUUUCGUGAGAUGAAAGAUUUGUUCAGGAAUAGGCAUAGACUGGUAGACCUGUGCACUCGUAUCCCGGUUAUAGUGUUCCGUGAGAUGAAAGAUUUGUUCAGGAAUAGGCAUAGACUGGUAGACCUGUGCACUCGUAUCCCGGUUAUAGUGUUCCGUGAGAUGAAAGAUUUGUUAAGGAAUACACAUAAGAGGGGGAUAAAAAUUUACGAGUGUUUAUUCCAUAUUUAAAGUAUAAUGCCACAAGGUUAAGUUAGGUAUGGAAUAUGUAGACGAGGAAGAUUGUGAUUGCAAAGGGAAAACGAGAGGAAAUUGCUUAGGAAAAGACAAAAGGGGGGAAGAAAAAUGUGAUUGCAAAGGGAAAACGAGAGGAAAUAGCAGAGGAAAAGACGAAAGGGGAAAGAAAAAUGGGAUUGCAAAGGGAAAACGAGAGGAAAUAACGGAGGAAAAGACGAAAGGGGAAAGAAAAAUGUAAUUGCAAAGGGAAAACAAGAGGAAAUAGCGGAGGAAAAGACGAAAGGGGGGAAGAAAAAUGUGAUUGCAAAGGGAAAAUGAGAGGAAAUAACGGAGGAAAAGACGAAAGGGGAAAGAAAAAUGGGAUUGCAAAGGGAAAACGAGAGGAAAUAACAGAGGAAAAGACGAAAGGGGAAAGAAAAAUGUGAUUGCAAAGGGAAAACGAGAGGAAAUAACAGAGGAAAAGACGAAAGGGGAAAGAAAAAUGUGAUUGCAAAGGGAAAACGAGAGGAAAUAACGAAGGAAAAGACGAAAGGGGAAAGAAAAAUGUGAUUGCAAAGGGAAAACAAGAGGAAAUAACGAAGGAAAAGACGAAAGGGGAAAGAAAAAUGGGAUUGCAAAGGGAAAACAAGAGGAAAUAACAGAGGAAAAGACGAAAGGGGAAAGAAAAAUGUGAUUGCAAAGGGAAAACAAGAGGAAAUAACGAAGGAAAAGACGAAAAGGGGAAAGAAAAAUGUGAUUGCAAAGGGAAAACAAGAGGAAAUAACGAAGGAAAAGACGAAAAGGGGAAAGAAAAAUGUGA